GUCUGUGGUUUUUCAAAACUCCCGCCACUAAACUUCGCUUAGGAUGUCAGAUGACGAUGCUGUGAAUGAAACGCAUAAUCUGUCAGAAUCAGAAGCUCAAGAUGUCCAGCACUUACGAGAAAUCGCUGGUGGGAUAGGCUACUUGGAUGCCUUGAAGCUUUUGGAAGAAAGCUCUUGGAACUUAGAGCGUGCUGUACACAAAUUAAUGGGAUUUGAAGACUCUAGUGUAAGGCAGAGGAGCACGUCCUCACGCAUCCCGUCCGUACCACAGGUUGAGUUAAUUCCUCCUAAUCAACGGAUACUAAGGGCAAGCAGUAGCACUAACAGUUGGUUGUGGUCUGCUACCUUAUUGUUGUUCGAACCUAUUCGAGUGGGAUAUAACUUGUUCAUCGGGAUUGUUAGAUUUUUCACUUCAUUCCUUUGGUCCGAUCCUCGAAAUCAGGUUACUGAUCCUGCAGGCGAUGUAAGAAAAUUUAUCCAACACUUCAAAGAAACUUAUGGAUCUGUCGAUACCAGUCUUGACGUUGACGCCAAUCCAAGCAGAAAUUCUACUUCUGAUUCAAUCCCACCUUUCUUUGAGGGAACCUAUGCUGAUGCUGUUCAAGAAGCCAAACAAAGCUUGCGAUUUCUAAUUGUUUAUUUGCAUGGAGAUUCGCAUGAAGAUACUCAUCGGUUUUGCAAGGAUAUUCUUCAAUCGGAUAAUGUUCUACGAUUUCUUAGAAAUUCCAAUGAACUACUGUUUUGGGGUUGUAAUAUUGAGUCUCCUGAAGGUUAUCGUGUAUCACGAACCCUUCGAGAACAUACAUAUCCGUUCAUCGGAGUUAUUGGCUUGACUAAUAUGCCGAUUUCAGAAAAUGGAAUUUAUUCUGGAAGUAGUACACGAAUGGCUUUACUAGGACGUAUAGAAGGUGUAGUAGAAUCAUCCGAAUUAGUUGAUCAGUUGAACAGUAUAUUAAAUGAACACCAAACAGCUAUAAUAACAGCUCGAUUGGACCGGAGUGAACGAGAAAUGAAUGCUCAGUUAAGGCGUGAGCAAGACCUAGCAUAUGAAGCAUCACUCGCUGAAGAUCGAGCCAAGGUGGCUGCUCGAGAAGCACAACAACGAAGUGCUGCUUUAGAAGCGGAACAGCUAGCUAGGGAUGCAAAACGAAAGGAAGAUCUACAAAAAGCUCACAUUAAACGCAAGCGCAUGUGGCGAAAUAGGUUACCACCACCACCCAAGUUCGAAGAUGGAUCUACGGUACACUUAUCAUUCAAAAUGCCACAUGGUUCCAGAGUUUCUCGCGUCUUCGGCUUGAACGAUUCUAUCAAGCUGCUCUACUAUUUUGUAUUAUCUCAGGAUGAUUCACCAGCAGAAUUCGAGGUGCAAUCUAAUUUUCCAAAACGUAUUUUACCGUGUCAACCUUUCGAAGAAUCUGAUAUUGAAGACUACAUAGAUAUUUCUGAUAGCAAGAUGGAAUGUGAUGAGUUUGAGGUAAUCACAGAUUGGUCCCCUAAAUGUGAGAAUGAUCCACCAUCAUUUAGUGAUAUUAACUUAACAAAACCAGAAAUGUUGUAUGUUCUCAACAAAGAUGCAUGAUGAUAUCAUAGUGUUUUAUUCUUCCCAUCUUUUGAGCACACCAGCAUAGCUAUAUCUUUAUGGUUAAAGCUGUUCCGUUGUUGAAUAGGUUCAUGCAUGAUAAUUUUGAUGUAGCUUUCUGUACUGGAAAUAAGUAUGACGAUAUUAUAGAUGAUUUGCACAGUCGGGACUUCGUUUCUUUAUACAGUUGUUUUAAUGUAUUUUUUCCGAUUAUUUUAUUCAUGCUCAUAUUGUUUCUCUAACCUCAAAGUUUGACAAAUCUCCUUGUAAUAUUUUCUGUUAGCAUAUAACAUUCCUUCUAUACAUGUGGUUUCUUCCUAAAACAAACUACCCACCGUUGACCUACUGUAGCUUAUUCAUUCGCCUCAAAUUUUUUGUGGACUGUCUAGAGAUAAUAUUGAAGUUUACUUUUGAGCAACAUGUGACCACCUGUGUGGAAAGUCUUUCCUUCUGUUUUUCAAUAUGCACACAGAUUUCGUGCAAAUUAAUUGAACUGAAAUUGUUUUUAUUACUACGAUGAUGAUAAUCACUAUUGUAUUUUAUUUGUGUACAGUACAGGCACUGAAUUGCUUUUAUUUUCAUCUGUUGACUCUUUGUAAAGUGGAUUUUCAUCGUUUGGUUUUAACUCAUUCUGUGUAAAUGAGUACCUUAUGGUAAGCUCUCAUUCAACUGUCAGUCGUUUCCUCUCAUGCUACCCUUAUACACAUUUUUAUCAAUUACUACCAUUUAGGGAUAAAAAUGUGUAGAUUCUAUAUAUUUGUUGGUAGAUAACAUGUGUCACUUUACAUUACUGAAAUGCAACACGUCCGUUCAGAAGUCCGCGUACAUGAUAUUUAUCGCGUAAAG